AUGGCAGCGUCGCACGGGCUCCGCGCCCAGGCGCCCGAGUUUGUACCUGCCCAGCAGCAGACCUUCCGCCACGAGUUCCCGUCGCUCGUCGAGCCCAAGCUGCAGCUGCCGGCGCGCGUCCUCAGCUUCGAGAAGGUCAAGGCGCCGCCCCAGCCGCCCCAAGCGCCUGCCCCGCCACCGCCCACGCUGCCGGACGGCUUUGACCGCCUGCAGCCCAAGGCAGUCAAGCCGCCAGAACCCGUCGCCAUCGAAAGCCCACCUCCAGUGGCUUUGGAAGCCAAGGAUGAGCGCAAGAAGAAGACGAAGAAGAAGAACGUGAAAACGUCCAAGGCGCAGCUCUGGCGGGAGCGCUCCAAAGUGCGUGGGGACAUCACGGCGUACGAAGGCGAGUAUACAUCAAACGAGUGGAGUCGACCCAAGACGACAACCCACGUCGCGGCGCCACUGCCCGUAGCAUCGACGCACGCUGCGUCGACGCACGCGACAGCGAUGCGGACCGAGUGGCGAUCCGUGAUCUGGCCAAUGUUGGGGAGACCCACCUUGACCCGCGCCGACCUCGACGUGAUCCAUACGUACUUGAGCCAGCACCGAUCGUUGCUGCUGUGGGACGAGCGCGACGAGGACAAGCGCAGUAUAUGGCACCUCGCGGCCAUGAGCGGCCAUAUUCAAGUGCUCGACUGCCUCCAGGCGGUCGCGCCGGACGGCCUUGGGUCGCGUGAUCGGAAAAAGCAGACGCCUCUGCACGUUGCCGCGCAGUAUGGACACGUGGAUGCGAUCAAAUUCCUCGUGCAGCACGGCGCGGACGCCAUGGCCAUCGACAAGAAGGGCAACACGCCGCUCCACCACGCGUGUCGCGCCUUGUCCAUACACGCGGUCCGUGCGCUGCUCUCCAAGAGCAAGCUCGAAGCGCGCAACAAGAGCCGAGAGACACCCUUGCUCGUCGCCAUCAUUGCGGCCGUCGCAGCCAAGUCGCGGGACAGUUUGGACGUUGUGAGCUGUCUCCUUCGCGCUGGCGCCAACGCUACCGUGCACGACCACUCGCUCCAGACUGCGCUGUACCUCGCGAUGCCGUCGCCAGCGCUCGUCGAGUUGGUUCUUGUCCACGGAUAUCCGUCGGAUGCGACGCUGCUCUCGCCGCUGCAGCUCAGCGUCAGCUGCGGCUACGUCACCAGUCUCUCGCUCGUGCUUCCGAUCGCGCCGAGUUUCGCGUUGCACCAAACCGACAAGGUCCAUGGCGACUCGCUCCUGCAUCUCGCCGUGCGCUUUGAUUGCGUCGCGUGCGUCGACAAGGUGCUCUCGGCGGCCGGGAAGAAAUUACUCUUGGUCGAAAAUGCACAUUUCAUGACGCCUGUUGUCCUCGCGGUGCAGCUCGGCCGCAGCGAGUGCCUCCGCGCGCUGCUCGGCCAUGGCGGGUACCCAAACGAACGCGACCGGCAGCUGCGGUCGCCGCUCUUGCUCGCACUCAUGCGCCACGACUACGCGUGCGUUGAAGUGCUCAUGGGCUUUGAGUGCGCCGUCGACGUCGCCUGCAUCGACUUUAUCAAGGCCCACCACGCGGCCCAGCAGCCACCGCCGUCGACGCUGCUGGCCCCGUACACGGUGUACGCAUCGAGUGCGCCGACCGACGGCAUCUUGUCGACGCUGGACGGAACUUAUCACGUCCAUGUCCACCAAGCCGUUCUCGUUGGCCGGAGCCCCGUGCUGCGGGCACUCUGGGCCGGCUCGUGGGCCACGUCCGGUGUCGCCUCGUACACCGUCCACGCGCCAUGCGACGUCGUCGAGCUCUUUGUGAGCCUUGUGUACGCGCCAAAUGUCGCGGCGCUGCAGGCCGUGUCGGCAAAGACGCUAUGGGAGCUAUUGUGCCUCGCCAACGAGCUCCUUGUGCAACCGCUUGAGGCACUGUGUGUGUGGAGCCUCGUGCACUGGCACGAGUGGUCCAUGGACGACGCGUGGGACCCGUUUCGCGGCGCCUUGCUUACGACGAUCCCAGACAAGACUGCAACCGAGAUGCAAGCGCUACAAGAGGCGUGGCGAGCUGCCGAUAUGGACGACUUGCUCGCCGACGCGUGGCUCUCGGAUAUUGAUGUGGUUGACCGCGACGGCGGCCGGCUUCGGUGCCACCGCGCGGUGCUGGCGGCGCAGUCGACGCACCUGCAACGCCAUUUCGAGACGCACGACCAGCUGACACUGGCGUGCAGUCAGGCGACUGCGUACGAUGCUAUUGUGUACUUGUACACACGACGGUGGCGCCAGGCUUUGAUGGUCGACGAUCUCUUGGAGCUACUCACGUGCAGCAUCGGACUCGAGACGUGGGAUCUCACCCGUCGGUGCGAAGCCGACCUCAUGCACAAAUUGGCGCCAGCGCAGGCCGAGGCCAUUUACGCGGUCGCAUGUGCCUUUAGCAACCAAGUGCCCAACCUCAAGACGGCGUGUCGCAUCGUGCUGCUCGAAUCGCUUGUCGCGUCGCCCGUGGACCGGAAAGAACUCAUUCUCUCGUGCCUCCUUCCGUAGCAGGAAUUGUAUUCUUGUACCUUUUUUUCAAUUGACACAAUCAC